AUGGCGGAGCAGAUCCCUCUGUACCCGGUGCGCAGCGCGGCGGCCGUGGCCGCGGCCAACCGCAAACGCGCGGCCUACUUCAGCGCAGCUGGGCCCGGGCCGGGGGCCGACCGGCCCAGCAGGUACCAGCUGGAGGAUGAGUCCGCCCACUUGGAUGAAAUGCCACUAAUGAUGUCUGAAGAGGGCUUUGAGAACGACGAAAGUGAUUACCACACUUUACCACGAGCUAGGAUCACGCGAAGAAAGAGAGGCCUGGAGUGGUUUGUCUGUGGGGGAUGGAAGUUCCUCUGUACCAGUUGCUGUGAUUGGCUGAUAAAUAUUUGUCAAAGAAAGAGAGAAUUGAAAGCUCGUACGGUGUGGCUUGGAUGUCCGGAAAAGUGUGAAGAAAAACAUCCCAGAAAUUCUAUAAAAAAUCAGAAAUAUAAUAUAUUUACCUUUAUACCUGGGGUUUUAUAUGAACAAUUCAAGUUUUUCUUGAAUCUCUAUUUUCUGAUAGUAUCCUGCUCACAGUUUGUACCAGCAUUGAAAAUAGGGUAUCUCUACACCUACUGGGCUCCUCUGGGGUUUGUCUUGGCUGUUACUAUCAUGAGAGAAGCAGUUGAUGAGUUUCGGCGUUUCCAGCGAGACAAGGAAGUGAACUCACAACUGUACAGCAAGCUUACAGUAAGAGGUAAAGUGCAAGUUAAGAGUUCAGACAUACAAGUUGGAGACCUCAUCAUAGUGGAAAAGAAUCAAAGAAUUCCAUCGGACAUGGUAUUUCUUAGGACGUCAGAAAAAGCAGGUUCAUGUUUUAUUCGAACUGAUCAACUAGAUGGUGAAACUGACUGGAAGCUGAAAGUGGCGGUGAGCUGCACACAGAGGCUGCCCGCUCUGGGGGACCUUUUUUCUAUCAACGCUUAUGUUUAUGCUCAGAAGCCACAAUUGGAUAUUCAUAGUUUUGAAGGCACAUUUACGAGGGAAGACAGUGAUCCACCUGUUCAUGAAAGUCUCAGCAUAGAAAAUACAUUGUGGGCAAGCACUGUGGUUGCAUCAGGUACUGUAAUAGGUGUGGUCAUCUAUACUGGAAAAGAGACUAGAAGUGUCAUGAAUACAUCAAAUCCAAAAAACAAGGUUGGUUUGUUGGACCUUGAGCUCAAUCAGCUGACCAAAGCACUAUUUCUGGCCUUGGUUGCCCUCUCGGUUGUCAUGGUGACCUUGCAGGGAUUCGCAGGCCCCUGGUACCGCAGUCUCUUCCGCUUUCUUCUCCUCUUCUCCUACAUCAUUCCCAUAAGUUUGCGUGUGAACCUGGACAUGGGCAAGGCUGCCUACGGGUGGAUGAUCAUGAAAGAUGAGAACAUUCCCGGCACCGUGGUCCGGACCAGCACCAUCCCGGAGGAGCUGGGGCGCCUGGUGUACCUGCUGACCGACAAGACAGGAACCCUCACCCAGAACGAGAUGGUAUUUAAGCGGCUUCACCUGGGCACUGUGUCUUACGGGAUGGACACGAUGGAUGAGAUCCAGAACCACCUCGUGAACGCCUACGCACAGACGCAGUGUCAGGCUGGUGGAAGCAGCACUGCUUCAACUCCUCCGAGGAAAGCCCAAUCGUCAGCACCCAAGGUGAGAAGGAGUGUGAGCAGCCGGGUCCACGAGGCCGUGAAGGCUGUCGCCCUGUGUCACAACGUGACCCCCGUGUAUGAGGCCCGCGGCACGGCUGGCGAGACCGAGGUCGCCGAGGCGGACCAGGACUUCAGUGACGACAACCGCACCUACCAGGCCUCCAGCCCCGACGAGGUGGCCCUGGUGCGGUGGACUGAGAGCGUCGGCCUCACGCUGGUCAGCAGAGACCUCACGUCCAUGCAGCUGCGGACCCCCGGCGGCCAGAUCCUCACCUACUGCAUCCUGCAGACCUUCCCCUUCACGUCGGAGAGCAAGCGCAUGGGGGUCAUCGUCAGGGACGAGUCCACGGCAGAGAUUACGUUCUACAUGAAGGGCGCUGACGUGGCCAUGGCCUCCAUCGUGCAGUACAAUGACUGGCUGGAGGAGGAGUGUGGAAACAUGGCCCGUGAAGGCCUACGCACGCUCGUGGUGGCUAAGAGGGCACUCACGGAGGAGCAAUACCAGGACUUCGAGAGCCGCUACAACCAGGCCAAGCUGAGCCUCCACGACCGGACGCUCAAGGUGGCCGCGGUGGUGGAGAGCCUGGAGCGGGAGAUGGAGCUGCUGUGCCUGACGGGCGUGGAGGACCAGCUGCAGGCGGACGUGAGGCCCACCCUGGAGAUGCUGCGCAACGCCGGCAUCAAGAUAUGGAUGCUGACAGGCGACAAGCUGGAGACCGCCACGUGCAUUGCCAAGAGUUCUCACCUAGUUUCUCGAACGCAGGACACACAUGUUUUCAGGCCGGUGACCAGCCGUGGAGAAGCCCACCUGGAGCUGAACGCCUUUCGAAGGAAACAUGACUGUGCACUGGUCAUUUCCGGGGACUCCCUGGAGGUCUGCCUGAAGUACUACGAGCACGAGUUUGUGGAGCUGGCCUGCCAGUGCCCAGCCGUGGUCUGCUGCCGCUGCUCGCCCACCCAGAAGGCCCACAUCGUCAAGCUCCUGCAGCAACACACAGGCCGGCGCACCUGCGCCAUUGGUGAUGGAGGGAACGAUGUGAGCAUGAUCCAGGCAGCAGACUGCGGGAUUGGCAUCGAGGGGAAGGAGGGGCGGCAGGCCUCGCUGGCAGCCGACUUCUCCAUCACACGGUUCAAGCACGUCGGCCGCCUGCUCAUGGUGCACGGCCGCAGCAGCUACAAGCGCUCUGCGGCGCUCGGCCAGUUCGUCAUGCACCGGGGCCUCAUCAUCUCCACAAUGCAGGCCGUGUUCUCCUCCGUCUUCUACUUCGCGUCGGUCCCUCUGUACCAGGGCUUCCUCAUGGUCGGGUAUGCAACCGUCUAUACCAUGUUCCCCGUGUUCUCACUGGUGUUGGACCAGGACGUGAAACCGGAGAUGGCCAUGCUCUACCCGGAGCUGUACAAGGACCUCACCAAGGGGCGAUCCUUGUCCUUCAAGACCUUCCUCGUCUGGGUUCUGGUCAGCAUUUACCAAGGUGGCAUCCUCAUGUUCGGGGCGCUGGUGCUCUUUGAGUCCGAGUUCGUGCACGUGGUGGCCAUCUCCUUCACGGCGCUGGUGCUCACCGAGCUGCUGAUGGUGGCGCUGACUGUCAGGACAUGGCACUGGCUCAUGGUCGUGGCCGAGCUGCUCAGCCUUGGCUGCUACGUGGCCUCGCUCGCUUUUCUCAAUGAAUAUUUUGACGUUGCCUUUAUCACGACUGUGACCUUCGUGUGGAAAGUGUCAGUCAUCACGGUGGUCAGCUGCCUCCCUCUCUAUGUCCUGAAGUACUUGAAGCGGAAGUUGUCCCCGCCCAGCUACUCCAAGCUCUCCUCCUAG